AUGACUCAACCCUUUCUACCACAAAUCGCCUCACCAGCACUGCAAUCCCUCAGGUUCACGGUCUACUAUGGAACAAUAGCCCAUACACCCGAACUGGGACGCCUCGAAGUGCUUUAUAAUACAGCAGUGGGAGUAGACAAGGCCGGGCAAAUAGCUUUCAUUCAGCCGGAAACGGUGGAUCCGGUUCAAGCUGCCACUUCAUAUGAUUCGAGUCUUUCUGCGGAGAACAUCGACGUGGUUGAUAUUUCUGGAAGCGAAAAUCAGUUCUUCUUUCCAGGUUUUAUCGAUACUCACAUCCAUGCUCCACAGUUCCCAAAUUGUGGAAUCUUUGGCAAUGCUACCUUGUUAGACUGGUUGGAGACUUACACCUUCCCCCUAGAGUCUUCGUUCAAGGACCUGGAUAUCGCUGCUGACAUAUACGCCAAGGUGGUUGAAAGGACCUUGGCCAAUGGCACAACGGCUGCAUCCUACUAUGCUACGAUUCACCCUCUGGCAACCAAUUUACUGGCGGAUAUGGCCAUGAUGAAGGGACAAAGGGCCCUCAUAGGCAAGUGUUGUAUGAACCAAAAUUCGCCGCAGCACUACAUAGAGACCUUGGAGGAAUGUCAGAAAUCAACAAAUCAAGUCCUGGAACACAUCCACAGGAGAGACGCCAAAGGACUUUUGAUCAAGCCAAUUAUCACACCCAGAUUCGCUGGAUCUUGUACUGAGGAUUUGCUCAGGUGGUUGGGAGAUUUACGUUCUAAAAAUGAUUACCAUUGCCAGACACACUUGUCGGAGAACAAGGCUGAGAUCGAGUGGACCAUGAAGCUGUUCCCAGACUUCAAGAACUACACUGACAUUUACGAGAAGACGAAUCUGCUGGGUCAUAAGACCAUCCUGGCCCAUUGCGUUCAUCUCACAGAUGAAGAGAGAGAUGUGAUUGCAAGCCAUGGUUCUGGAAUUUCACACUGUCCUACUUCCAACUCGUCGAUCACGUCUGGCGAAGCACGGAUCAGAUGGCUGCUUGAGAGCGGUGUGAAUGUUUCGCUGGGAACAGAUUGCUCUGGUGGUUUCACUCCCUCCAUUCUGAGUGUUGCUAGACAGGCCCAUUUGGUUUCCAGACAUUUGGUCAUGAAGACCGAGGUCGAGGCAGAAAAACUGUCUUCAAACGAUGUGUUGUAUCUGGCCACUAUGGGAGGUGCGAAGGCUCUAGACAUGGCUGAUUCUCUUGGUUCGUUUGCGGUUGGCAAGAAAUGGGAAUGUCAGAUGAUCGAUCUCGCAUGCGAAGGUUCUCCAGUUGAUACAUUCAAAUACCAGGAGCCUCGUUGGGAGUCGAGUGAACGUGCAGAGGCCGAGCACAGGUUCCAGGAUCUGAUUGACAAAUGGUUGUUCAACGGAGACGACAGGAACGUGAGACGGGUUUAUGUUAAUGGUAGGUGUGUUGUGAAGAAGUAA